AGAUUCAUUUUAGUACUAUUUGUUGUGCGAUUACAGCUUUAAUGUGUUUUCAAAUACUACCAGAUUUACCGAUGGGAAGUGUUUAGUGCAAUUGUAUUAAUGGCCAAAUUACCGAAUGGCUGGAUUCAGCUGGUAUCUAUCUGAAGGCUUCCAGGUGAUUGUAGAGAAGUCAAAAGAAUCAAAAUGCUCUCUAAAAGAUAUACAGUUGCGUUUUUUGUGCCCUGAUGACCUGGAAGAGGUGAAAUCUUUAUGCAGAGAUUGGUUCCCAAUAGAAUAUCCACAAUCGUGGUAUGAAGACAUCACAUCAUCUAACAGAUUUUUUGCCCUGGCAGCUGUGUACAAAACACAGAUCAUAGGUCUUAUUGUAGCUGAGAUUAAACCCUACUUAAAACUAAACGCUGAAGACAGAGGAAUACUAUCAGGAUGGUUUGCAUCAAAGGACACUCUUGUAGCAUAUAUACUCUCUUUAGGCGUAACUCGCGCGUACAGGCGGUCAGGCGUGGCGACGAUGCUGUUAGACGUGCUAAUCAAUCACCUGGCGGGGCCGAUGCCGCUGCCGCCCCACGAACACCGAGUCAAGGCCAUAUUCCUUCACGUGCUCACCACCAACACUGAGGCUAUACUCUUCUAUGAGCAGAGAAGGUUCCGCCUGCACUCAUUCCUCCCUUACUACUAUUCAAUAAAAGGCAGAUGUAAGGAUGGUUUCACCUACGUGUAUUAUGUGAACGGGGGCCACGCGCCGUGGGGUCUUUACGACUACGUAAAAUACGUCGCUAGAGCGGCGCUACGUGGAGGCGGACUCUAUCCCUGGUUGUGGCGAAAACUACGCACGGCACUCACCAUUGCAUGGCACAGAAAUUCCCACAUAAGUUAAUGGUGCAGUGACCGCGACAGAAUGUAAGAAUUACUUUUUAUUUAUUUUUGUAAGUACGACGUGCACUUAAGGGUGGCACAACUUCAAGUUUUUAUACAAUUAACAAUGACAAUUGAACAUAUGCAAUGUGAGAUCGAACAAUAUAAUUUUUUACUAAUGCAAUUAAGUCAUAACACAUUUAAGUUUUUUUUUGUUUAAUCAAUGCAAUUCUUCCAUCUCGCAUUGCUAUUGGCUACAAAACUGACAAAGUUAUUUGUGAUAAUUUUUAUUAUACUCGAAGCUUUAAAACUAAAAUUAAUGUAUAUUGUCAUUUCUUAGGCAGGGAAACGCCACUGAUGCAAGUAUGAUUUGUAAUUUUAUAACUUGGCAAGUUAGCAGAGAGUGUGCCCCAAAAAUCAUUAUUAAUGUUUAAAAGCGUAAUAUAAAAUUUGUGUAAGAGGAUGGAGAUGCGUUUUGAUAUGAUACUUGUAUAUAAAAGCGUAAUACAAACUCGUGUUCAUCGUUGUAUUGAACCAUAUGCAGGGUUAAGAGUAGAGAAUAUUCAAGUGUGAAAGUUUGAAAAAAACUAAAUAAUCGAUUUCUCAUCGUUUUGGAUCAUUCAGAUAGUUUGAUUUUGACCAUCGAAUUUACAGACAUAUUGCACUUUUAUUAUUUAGAUUACAAGCAUAGUCUGUCCCUUGAAUAUUAUCCACUAUUAACUUGACAUCUGUAUAUUAUGUGACAUACAGUGUACAGCGCAGUUUUUGUUAAAUUCGGCCAAGCUGAAAAUAUGUGUUGUAUAAUUAAAGUAAGAGACAAAACAAAGGCAUUAAGAGCUACAUAAAUAUAUCGUACGGGUCACGGUAAAUUUGUUGCUGUAUCGAAAAUAAGACAAACGCAAAUACUUAAAAUAGCAUAACCAAGAUGACACUACUUGCACUAGAACUGAAUUCAAAGAAUUUUGAUGUUAAUUUUUGACAUUAAUGAGCAAAAAUAUGGUUCCUGUAAUACAAAGACACUGUCUUUUUUUAUAAGCGUUGUCUAACAUACUACCGCGUGUUCAAAUGAAUCAUUACUAGUCGUAUUGAAUAGAGGAGAAAUUGACUCAACUCUUUGUGAUUCUAUAAAUCUAAACGCAUUAAUAAUUAAUAAGUCAUAAUAAACAUUUAAAAAAUAAUAAGAUCUAAGCGCAUGAAGCGUAAAGAUUCUAUUGGAUGGUUAGACCAAUAUGACCUGAC